AUGACUUCUGUUAAGGAAGAAGAUUAUAACUCUACAGUGGGCUCCACGUUCAGUUCCAAAUCAAAUCACAUCCAUCAUCGUGCUUCUAAUGGUAAUUUCUCCACUGGCACACAAGAGGUGUCAGAUGAUGAUGACACUCCAAUAGAUCCUCAGACUUUGGAUUGGGAUGGUCCAGCAGAUAUGGAUAAUCCACAUAAUUGGUCUACUCUCAAGAAAUGGAGUUGUACCAUGAUUGCUGCUAUCUUAUGUUUAGUUGUAACAAUGGGUUCCUCAUUAUAUGUGACAGGUGUGCCUGAGAUGGUUCUUCAAUAUCAUUAUAGUCAAACGUUAGCAUUAGCUGGGUUAACUUUCUAUUUAUUUGGUCUUUCUACUACCAUGGGUGCCCCUCUAAGUGAAGUGUUUGGUAGAAAGCCAGUCUAUGUUAUCUCUUUGCCAUUAUCAAUGUUAUUCGCAAUGGGUGUCGCAUUGUCAGGAGGGAAACAAAGAAUCAUCUUACCUUUAAGAUUCUUCUCAGGGGUAUUUGCCUCUCCCGCAUUAUCUGUUGCUGGUGGUACUAUCAUGGAUGUUUUUGAUAUUGACGAAGUCUCUGUGUCUAUGACAUUUUUCUGUUUAGCACCUUUCUUGGGACCUGUCAUUAGUCCCGUCAUGGCUUCAUUCGCUACUGAGAAGAAAGGUUGGAGAUGGGCCACUUAUAUUCAAUUAAUUGCUGGUGGUGUCAUUAUGCCAUUUUUAAUUCUAAUGCCAGAAACUCAUAAAGGCGUUAUCCUAAGGAAACGUGCCAAGAAGAGAGGUUUGAAUUUAAAGAAAUUAUCAAAAGAAGAUCAAAAGAUUUUUGCCAAGAUGACUUUAAAGAUUACUUUAACAAGACCUUUACAUAUGUUAGUCGUUGAACCAAUUGUUUUAGUCUUCAGCAUCUAUGUUGCCUUCAUCUUUGCUGUGCUAUUUGCCUUUUUUGAGGCUUACCCAGUUAUUUACCGUGGUGUAUAUCAUAUGAGUAUUGGUAUUUCAGGGUUACCAUUUUUGGGUAUUGGUAUUGGGUUAUGGUUAGGUUCUGCAUUCUAUCUAUUCAUUGAUCGUAAAUAUUUAUUCCCUGCACCUCCAAAGGGUACUCCACCUUUGGCUAAUUCAACUUCUUUAAGAACCACCCCUUAUAGAGGUAAGAGAAAUGCUGAAACCGGUGAAUUGGUUCCAAUCUUACCAGAAGAUUUAUUAUUAGCUUGUAAGUUUGGUGCUGUUGCAUUACCAGUUGCCUUAUUUUGGCAAGCAUGGACUGCCAGAGCUGAUGUUCAUUGGAUGGCUCCAAUCGCAGCUGGUGUUCCAUUUGGAUUUGGGCUAAUUUUGAUUUUUUUCUCAGUCAUCAUGUAUUUCUCCACUUGUUAUCCACCUAUUUACAUGGCAUCAGCUAUGGCUGCUAAUAAUAUGUUAAGAUAUGUGACAAGUAGUGUCUUUCCAUUAUUUACCAUUCAAAUGUAUCAAAAUAUGAAAAUUCAAUGGGCAAGUACAUUAUUUGCCUUGAUUUGUUGUGUUCUAUUACCUGUUGCAUGGAUUUUUGAAAAAUGGGGACCAAGGUUAAGAACCACAUCUGAAUUUGGUUGGGCUGCCUUCAUGAAACAACAAGCUGAAGAAAAGGCUAAACUUGAAGCUGAAAAAAAUGAAAAUCACUUAACCUCUAAUACUGAUAUUGAUCAAACUACAAUUGAAGAAAACAAGGACAUUGAAGAUGACGUACAUGAUAUUAAAACUUCGGGUGGUAUUGAUAUUUCCACUUUACAAUCGUUAACAAGAGAAAUAACACGCCAUUCCAUGAAACAAGAACAUGAAAUGUUGGAAAGAGCACACACAAAUGUGUCUGGACCAGCACCUGCCGAGAUAUAUACAAAUAUGGAGAAUGAUUCUGAAAGUUCUUCCAAUAUCAUUCCCACCGUAUGA